AUGGCCUCCUUCCUCCCUGUCAACACCUCCGAAGACCACGCGAUGGACGGAGCAGCCACACCUCGUGCAAUCCCAAAUGGCGUGCCGGUCACCCCGGACGGCUCAGCCUCGACGGAUCACCCUCCGGACGGGGAUUCACACAGCCGGAGCAGCGACGCUUCAUCCCGCACGACAGUGACCCAUGUCCGAACGCCCUCCAUGUCCGACGAACCCAUGCAAGACUCCGACGACCAGGAGGACUCCGAUCACGACCAGGACCUGGGGAGUAACGCCCCGCCCUCCAAAAAGAAAAAGGGUCAACGCUUCUUCUGCACCGACUUCCCUCCAUGCAACCUGAGCUUCACCCGCAGCGAACAUCUGGCUCGCCACAUUCGAAAGCACACCGGCGAGCGCCCCUUCCAGUGCCACUGCUCCCGGCGCUUCUCCCGCCUCGACAAUCUCCGACAACAUGCUCAGACGGUCCAUGUCAAUGAGGAAAUCCCUGGGGAUUCGCUGGCAGCUACAGGUACACGGUUUCAACGUCAAGUCCGUACGGACAGGGUGCGUCCACCGGGACGGGCGCGGGCAGGCACCGGUGGCAGUAUAGGCGGACCCAGUCGAGGUCAUAGCAGGAAUCUAUCCACCUCGAGCAUUGCGUCCACAACGUCAACAUUCAGUCAACCUCCGGAGCUUCGCCGGCGACCCCCUCCUUUGAUUAUGGCAAAUGACCCCGCAGUUCGGUCCCGUUUCGCGAUGGAGUCUAUGGGGGAGCCUCCGAGUACACCACCGGGUCAGAUCCGAGGUGUACCCGGCCCACCUGCGGCAGGGUCGCCAUAUGGGCCUUCGAACAUGUUUCAACCGGUGGGUGGAAGUCCUCAAUACGCCUCGCCCAUGUCUUCCACGUCACAUGGCUUCUGGGAGGGUAAAACAGCUGCACGUCGUCUUUCCGUGCCGACCAGCAGCAACCCGUUCCUGGGUCAGCAUAUGAACGUAUAUCCUCCAGGCUACCACGCCCCCGCCGGUGCACCUUAUGCAAACGCUGCUGGUGUCUUCGCAAGCCCCGCGAGCUCUCACUAUUCUGUAUCUCGCGAUGAGGGUACGCUCAGCGCUGCGGAGGCAGAGAUGCGCAGGCGAACCUGGCACCCUUCAUCGUAUACAGGGUUCCCACGACCCGGCACGAGUGGUCUCAACCAUUAUCACACACCCGACACCGUGCCGGCGUCGUUCGGCGGGAAUGGAUCCGUAGAGAACCCGCCUCGACUCCCCGGUAUCGAGAGCUUUGACAAAGUAGUCUCCCAGCAGCAGCCAUUGACUCCCCCUGCUCGAAAGUCGAGCCCCAUGCAGAUCGAUGGUCAGAACCGCCCGCCGCCAGGCCACCCCGCCCAGGCCUUUGGCUCUGGUUUCAAUUAUACUCAGCCAGCCCACCGCCCACCUCCACCCAUCUCUGGCCCUGGCCAUCGUCGUGGCCAUGUGUCAUGGGACAUGUCUUUGCAUCAUAACCUCACCGGAUUGGAUAUACGGGACCGGCGCCCGUCGACUGCCUCUGCGUCUCAGUGGAGUCAGCAAACCAUUGCCGAACUUCAAAAUGUCUCUUCCCGCCCGUCAUCCUCCUACCAACCCACAUUUGGCCCAACGGCAGAGAGAAGCCCCGAGGAACACCGUUCCCAUCGUCCAAGCCUCUCAACAAGCAGUCGGCCGGCCCGUACAUCCCCAGAGGAUUCUAGCAGCAGCGACGGUGUCCACACCCCGUCUACUGCAUCGCUCGAGUACCAUCCAGCGAUUGUGCAUAGCAGUGGAUAUAUCGAACCCAACGACUCCCCCUACCAUCCGAUCACCCUCCACCGUCGACAAUCCUCACAUGUGGACGAUUACCAAGCCAGCAACGACAGAGAUCCUAGAUCCAACAUCUACGGAGACUCCUCUGCCCGGAACUCGGGCAUGGGCCGUCUGGAGGCUCUCGUCGCCGUCGCCACUAGUGAAAACAAAGGAGCAGCGAAGCUGUUUCUGUAA